AUGUCACAAAAAGGCUACCUCGUCGUCUUCUCCCUUCCCACGCAUCCUUCUUUCUCCACCUCCCACGACCUCUUCAACAAAUGGUACAACGAAGUACACAUCCCCGACAUUCUCCGCCUCGGCCGCCCCGACGGCUUCACUUCUGCCUUUCGCUAUGCUCGCGCUGGCUUCGAUCCUUCCGACCCUUCUACCGCUUCCACUACCAAUAAGCACGACUUCGAGGUGACCUACCCCAAAAACGAAAAGUGGUUGUACCUAGCCAUGUACCCUGUCCCGGACGUGGCAAAGGCCAGUAGGCCUGAUAGCGGGCUGUAUAAAGCGCCGUUGGUGCAUGAGAUGUUGCCUUCUGGCUCUGGGAAAGGGACUGGGGGAGGGGGAAAUGCGAUGGAGGUUGCGAAGUGGGAACUGGGGUUUUGGGAGGUUGUUGGGGAGGGUGAAAGGGAAGGGGAAAGGGAAAGUGACUCUUCCAAAGACACAGACGUAAUCCUAGUCCCUGUCGACUCCUCUGAUAUCCCAGGAUACGACGUUCCCGGCGCUCACCCGUCUGCUCUCCUCGACUACUCCCGCAAGGGCUGGGAAGGCUCGGAUCCAGUCGGGUCGAGACUGCUCAAGUACACUGCUCCUGCAUAUAACUGUUGUGAUGGUACUGGUAUUAAGCAGUAUUUGGCUGUGACCCUCAAGCCCGAGUUCAAGACGGUCAAAUAUAAGCUUUAUAAGAAGUUUGGGGUUUGA